GUGUCUUGGGUUCGACAACAUGAUCUCCACAUAUUGACUGUUGGCAGCUACACCUAUACUAGUGACCAAAGGUUCAAAUCCCUUCAUCUGGAAGGCACAACUGACUGGACGUUGAAAAUACAGUACACCAAGAAGCAUGACACUGGAGUUUACGAGUGUCAGAUCAGUACAGAGCCAAAACUUAGUCUGAAUUACACUUUAAACGUUGUCGUGGCUAAAGCAGUAAUUAUAGAAGGAGAAAAACUUUACAUCCAGAGUGGAAGUAUCAUCAACCUCACGUGCGUCAUCACGGACAAUAAGGAUCCUCCUAUAUACGUUUUCUGGUACCACAAUGGGAAGAUGAUAAAUUAUGAGACCGACAAAGGGAUCGAGGUGGUAACUGACAAGGGCCCUACAACAGUUAGCAAGCUUCGGAUCGAGAACGCUAAGUCGAGUAAUUCUGGGAAUUAUUCAUGUUCCCCUUCUUAUUCAGAUUCUGCAAAUAUUACCGUGCACGUUCUCGACGGGGAUAAGCCAGCGGCUAUGCACCACGGACAACAUACCAGCCAAGGAAGUACGAUCACCUGUAAUGUCGUCCUUUUACUUAUCACAUGGUUUCUGGCCCAUACAUUGUGCCUUGAGACAAGAUAUAACCUCAGCGGAGUUUGGAACCAACCCAGCUGACUUCGUACGUGUUAUCAGCUUCAACUUUUGUGUGUGUGUGUGUGUUGUCAAACACCACCUGUCACUGUACUCGUAUCAUGUCAGUUAAAUCCGUGUAUGCGGUGUGCUGUUAAAAGUCUUCUGGAACAUUUUAUCACUAAAGUCUUCACACCCCGACAGAUAAUCCCGCUCAUCGUCGUUGGACCAUCACUGUUUUACUUUCGGUUCGUUCAAGUGCUUUUUUCAGUUGGCGUUGGAAAUAAACUCGGAAAACGGUCUCUGGUCAGUCAUCCAGAAUGACCUCGUCACCAAGAUUUUUAAUCCUGGAAUUAACUAACAUGACUUCAUUUUAUGUGCUCUUUGUAGAAUGCGGUGAAGUUUGCGACAUGUCUAUCUAAUAAAUCUCGAUCUUAUUAGUCUGAGAUAUGUCAAGGAGACAAUUCAUAAAAAAAAAAAAUAAUAAUGUUGAUUCCUGAUCUGGAUAUAUUAUAUAGCUUUAGUGACAUGUCUGCAUGUUUAUUCAUAUAAUAUUAUGUAGAAGUGGAAAAAAUAUGAUAUCACCUGUUUGUUUGUUUUUUCUUUUUAAUUUUAUUCUGUAGUCACUAAAGGUGUUGAGGGGAAGAAAUUCAGGAACUCUGCAAAGCUGCUUUGCAACGUUCUCUUUCUGUAGGGAGUUUUCUCUGAAAACCGUGGAACAAAAUGGACUCAUCAACUUUAGUGACGUAACAUAGAUCAAAGAAACCGUCAGCGUCUGUUUCUUACUUGUAAACGCUGUCACAAGCCAGCUGUAGAAUAUAAUGAUAUGCUAAUAAAUAAGGUGUCAGUAGCUCGUA